AUGCACCCACAAGAAUCUCUUCUACGCACCAUUGAAGCUGUCAACCGCGAGGAAGUCCCUGUUUUCACUCAAAAUGCGCACGGGGCUCAACUCCACCGGGACAGUGCUGUCCACUCCACCUUUUGUCGAACUGGGCUCGUAACUCUUAUGUCUCCAUUAUUGCCCUCCGGUGCAAUAAAUCAGCAUCUUCAAACACCUGAUAGGUACCCCGGAUGCCUUGACUACGAUCAACGCUCGACAUCGAGGGGUAGCUCGAGUCUCUCUCUUAUGCAUCUCUCCUUACACAGGUUCCUCCCCUCCUCUGUCUUCCACCAAACCGGCAUGAAAUUCGAGCCUGCAGCCCUCGUCUCCUCUAGAUAUCUUGCGGAACUCAGCAUAUCGUCUUUUGAGGAUUCGUCCCAUUCCCUUGGCCUGCCUCCGUCCCCUAUCCACAUACUUCCGAAAUAUCGGUAUGCGAGACAAUCCGACGGUUCUGUGUUGGCUAGUAUUGGUUCGUCCAAUCACGAGCUUCUUUCCCGUAUCCCUCCUAAGGACAACGAGCUGCCCUCCGACGGGACCCGUCAAGUCGACGUCCUGCAUUUCUGA